AUGCGUCCAUUCUGUUUCCUCGCGCUCCUCGGAGCGUCGGUGCUCGUCCGAGCACAUAAGUUCGACCUGGGAAAGCGAUCCGGUGGAGACUGCAGCGCAAUGCCCAAGGGCAAAGGACCCGUCCCCUCUCCCGACAGCCCGUACGCAUUCCUCAACUCCGAAGAACUCGCGUCUGCAGCGAACAAGGCGCCGACGCCAUCUGGCUACAAGCAAUCCUUCAAGAACCUGCACGCUUCGACCACCGCCAACGGCUAUUUAGGCUACGUCGCACUGGACUCGUACGACACCACCCUCUGCGCUUCGAAAUGCGACGAGCAGGAGAGCUGCCAGGCCAUCAAUAUCUUCUUCGAGCGGAAUCCUACCCUGCAAGUGGGUUCAGAGUGCCCGAAUCCGCCGUCGACUACUUACAUCAAGUGCGUCUUUUGGGGCGAUCUUGUGACGAAGGACAACACGAACAAUACUGGCUAUACGAAUAAUGCGUUCCUCGUUGUCGCUGCGGGUUCGAAUGGCUACAACAAUCAGACCGCAAAAGGAGUCGAAGGAUUUGCAUCGAAAGGCCUCUCGACUCCCGGCGCUGCACUGCUGGUCGUACCGCUCCUUGCGAUGAUACUAGCAAUUCUCCCCUGAACGUGAAUGCGCGUCAAUAAGUGCAGAUUGGGCUCUUGGUCGAUAUAUACUGCUGAAGAACGUCUCUCAUAAGGAACUCAGUUGCGUAUGCGUCUCCAUCUCAGUCCAGGGAAUGAGAACAACGGCCUUGUUCGUGGACUUUAAGAAGUAAGGGAGAAGAGGCUAGUCGAUGUGUCGUUCCUUCUGCGAGCAUAGCCAGCCUCAGUAUUCAUAGUAGGGCGAGCAAGGCCGGAAACGGCAGCCAUUGUCGUUGGUACCAUUCCUUGAAGGCUCCAGUUAUCCGCCUGUACCUACCGGGAUCGCUAGGGGAGCCGAUAUGAAUCGACCGUCAGGGUAGUGAUCAUGGAAGCCGU